AUGAACGGGACGGAAGAACCAGCCCUUGAACAUCCCGAACCCCUCCCCGCCGACUACAUCGAAAUGGCAUACCUGUUAUUCCUAAUUAUCGCUGGUACCCCUUCGAAUUUCUUCAUCCUCCGAAGGCUAAUGGCCGAGCUAAAGCGCACCCCAAAGGACAGUGUCAAGGCCGGCUUCCUACUCCUCAAAAUCAACCUGAACAUCUCGGACUUGCUGCUCCUCCUAGUCGCCCUAUUCAAGUUGAUCUGGAUCUGGAUCUACAAUUGGCCAUGGGGAGAUCUCCUAUGUAAGGGCUAUGCCUUUUCCUCGUUAUUCUCGCUGUACAUCUCCUCAAAUAUCGUCGUCUGUAUCGCGCUGGAUCGGCUGCGCAAUGUGCUGGGGGCGAGCAAGCUGAGGAAGGGGAAGGGAGUCAAUGGAAGCGUCGUCCACUGGCUACUCUCCGGAGCCUGGGUCCUCUCCAUAAUCUGGGCCAUCCCCCAAAUGUUCUUUUGGACUACGGUAGAAGCGUAUACCGACUGGUACCAAUGUACAACGAUCUGGACCAUUAAACAAGCCAUGAUCGAUUCGAAACAAGCCACAGAAGCCGACUACGGUGUACUGUAUGGGAAUGAGGCCCAGGUCAUCUACAAUAUCUAUCACUUGGUCCUUGUUUUCUGGGGUCCACUAUUUGUAUUGAUUACUUGCUAUUUUAUCAUUGCGCUACGGCUGGUGAAAUAUUCGAGGAAUCGCCCAUGUCAUACGAACGGCAUAAUUCGGCCUGAACCAACGUCAAAUGGACUAUCCGGUGGUAUGGAACAGUCACUGUCACUACACCAAUUCGAAACAGCGUCGACUACGGUAUCCGUCGAACCGCACUGCCUAGCACGGGUAAAGAUUAUUGCGACACGCUCGUUAUCGCAUGGCAAGGCCGAGAUCUCAACAAUCCGCCGCUCAUUCGAUCGAUUCUCCGACCGGGGGCCGAGCCCGAACUUGAGGCCCAAUUCUCGUCUUGGAAGCUCACUACCGUUUGCCAGAUAUUUCCAAAGAAAUGGCAGGAGUAUGGAUAAUAUCUAUGCUAGAGACGAUACCACCCCUCCGCUUAAGAAGGUGUCCAAGGUAUCGGAGUCAUCGGGAACGAAGGCACCAGCUUGGAGGAGGCAAUUGAGGAGCAAGGUCUUCCGUACGACACUUCUGGUCGUCAUCGCCCAUUUCGUGUUCUGGUUACCUUACAAUACCCUGGCGCUUAUGAAAUACGUUAGCGACGAUAUGUACCAAGCCCUCAACGAGAACGCGAACAUCUUCAAGGACAUGCAACUGCUCAUCGUGCUCAUCAAUCCAUUCCUCUACGGGUUUGCGCAA